UAAAAGUAUCAGUGGAAAACAGGUGUUGUGGCACUCAUUAGGUGCAUCUAAAGUGGCAUAUUAAUUUUGCAAUAUGUUCCAAGAAGAGCAAUAAGAAAAAGAAAAGAAAGGAUGGCUGGCUGUGGUGAAAUCGAUCAUUCAAUCAAUAUGCUUCCUACCAACAAGAAGACGAAUGAAUCAUGUUCCAGUGCAGCACCAUCUCUUAUGGUCCCUGAAUGUGCUAUCUGUCUGCAAACAUGUGUUCACCCUGUGAGUCUGCCUUGUAAACAUGUCUUCUGCUAUCUGUGUGUAAAAGGAGCUUCCUGGCUGGGAAAGCGUUGUGCACUCUGUCGGCAGGAAAUCCCGGAGGACUUUCUUGAUAAGCCAACCUUACUGUCACCUGAGGAACUGAAAGCAGCCAGUAGAGGAAAUGGGGAAUAUGCUUGGUACUAUGAAGGCAGAAAUGGCUGGUGGCAAUAUGAUGAACGUACCAGUAGGGAGCUGGAAGAUGCCUUUUCUAAAGGUAAAAAGAGCACUGAAAUGUUAAUUGCUGGGUUCUUGUAUGUGGCAGAUCUUGAAAACAUGGUUCAGUAUAGGAGAAAUGAGCAUGGACGUCGCAGGAAAAUAAAACGGGACAUAAUAGAUAUUCCAAAGAAGGGAGUGGCUGGGCUUAGGUUGGACUGCGACUCUAAUGCUAUCAAUUUAGCAAGAGAGAGCUCUGCCGAUGGUGCAGACAGUGUACCAGCUCUAGGAGCUGCUGCUGCUGCUGCUGCCGGGCAGCCUCUAGCAACUGUUGCUAUUAGACCCCUUCCUUCACUAGAUGGUCAGCUGACAAGUCCUGCAACGCCAUCACCUGAUGCAAGCACUCUAGAGAACUCUUUUGCCAACUUGCAAAUAAAUGGAGACAGUAUGGUUGAAAUGAGCCAUAGGGGUGAGGGAGAGGAAGACCAUGAAUCAUCAUCUUCUGGUAGGGUGCCAGUUCUUGACACCUCCAUUGAGGAAACAGAAUCGGAUGCUAGCAGCGAUAGUGAGGAUGUGUCUGCCCAACUUCAGCUGCCUGUAUUCUCUGCUCAGCAGAGACAUCUGAAUGCAAACCAGCCAGCCUUGGAUAGACCAGUGGCAGAGAGUGGGGUGGGAAGCGCCAGUGUGAGAUCUAGGAGGCCUGAUGGACAGUGCACAAUAACUGAAGUUUAAAUCUAGAGCCAUGUUUUAAAAACUCAGUCUUGUACUUGUACAUCCUGUCUGUGUUGGCAUUGCACUCCAGCCUAGCAGUGUAUUUAAAGUGUUUCAUUGUGGGAGAAGGGGGACGAGAAAAGCAAACACGAUCAUCCAAUUUACAAGUAGUCUCUUAACAUGUCUUGGCUGGAAGACUCAAUGUUAAAAACAACUGGGUACAUGUUAAUGGUUUCACAACUCCUUAGCAAUACCCAGUUUUGUAAAUGUCUCAUAUUUUAUUUUGUAGUAUAUUCCCUUCCCCCAGUAAAAACCCCAUUUCACUUUUGACCAAUGUAUACCCAGUGUACAAUUUGGAACUGUCAUUAUUUGUUGCGUUAAGUAUCUUUACUAUCUGCAUGGAUUGGUGUAUGGAGAGUAUUAAAACAAACUGGAAAUGAAAAAGAGUUUGAAUUGGAGCAGGAUGCUUAAUUUUAACAUAAAGUAGGUGUGACUUCUGAAACUCAGAUGUUUUACUAAAACAAAUCAUCUUCCUGACUGAAAUGUAAAAUAAUUUCUGUUGCAGAGUUUUACUUGUAAGCACUUCAUGGUGUCUUCAUUGGCUUUGUGUCUAGUCCCUGUAGCUUGUUUGCGUCCUUCUCGUACUGUCUUGGUUUUGUUACAAAAUUUAUAAUUUAAUAAACUACAUUUUAUCAACCAUCUGAGCUGUUUCCACAUGGGAUGGUACCCAUGUCACAUUGAAUGCAGUUCUGAAAAAAGAUGGAACUGACUGUAUGACUAAGUACAUUUUUUUUGACAGAGAUUAUUGUUUAUGAGGAAAAUAAAGACUUUUCCACAUUA